AUGGCCCCUGUGAAUGUAGUUGUUGUCGGAGGUUCCUAUGCGGGCCUCCAUAUUGCUCACUCGAUACUUCGUGAUGUGUCUGACGCUCAGGUCACGCUGAUCAAUCCUUCAACCAGCUUCUACUGGAACAUCGCCGCCCCACGUAUCGUCGCCAAACCCAAGGCCUUCCAUGCGGAGCAAUAUCUGCUUCCGAUCAAGGAAUCUUUCGCAGGCUACCGCCCUGAUGCCUUUCGCUUUAUCGCAGGCACCGCAAGUGCUAUCGACACAAACGCCAAGACUGUCGCCGUGAACUCGAACGGCGGUGCGUCCGCAGCAGUACCAUAUGACUACCUUGUCAUCACAUCCGGCAGCACAACCUCGGCCACGUCAGGCUCGCUUACCGGCACCUCGAUCCCUUUCAAGCAGUCGAACACCGAUGGUAUGGAGGAGCUGAUCAAGGCCGCCCAGGGACACAUUUCUGAAGCAAAGGAGAUCGUCAUCGGUGGCGCAGGACCCAUUGGUGUGGAACUGGCUGGUGAGCUUGCUGAAGCCGUGGAAGCAAGUGGUAAUGCGGGCAAGGUCUCGAUCACGCUGGUCUCGGCCACUGAUCGCGUGCUCCCUAUGCUCAAGUCAUCAGCGAGUUCUGCCGCACGCAAGCAGCUCGAGCAGAAGAAGAUCAAGAUUGUCACCUCAAAGCGGGUUAUGGGUGUAGAGACCCCCGCUGAUGACGGGUCAAGUUGGAUUGUUUCUCUCGAAGGCGGCGAUAAGCUUUCGGCUGAUCUUUAUAUUCCCACCACCGGUGUGGUGCCCAACAACAGCUUUAUCCCGGCCGAAUUUCUCGACAAGGAUGGUUGGGUGACGGUCAACAGCGAGAUGCGUGUGCAGUCCAGCGAUGGCAAAUCACAGCCCAUCUUUGCUGCUGGUGAUAUCACCAACAACUCUAUGCGUCUCAGUUUCAAGGCCAUGGAGCAGGCACAUGUGGCAGCGGCCAACCUCAAAGCCGAUAUUAUCGGCACCGGUGCUAUCAAGACCUUUGAGCAAGGUGACAACAUUAUGAUGGUGGUGCCUGUGGGUGAAGCUGGUGGUACUGGUCAAAUCUUUGGAUUUGUGCCUUUCAGCUUCAUGGUCAAGAUGAUCAAGGGUAAGCACUUCUUCAUUGAAAAGGCACCAGGCGCACUCGCCGGCAAGGCUUGA